CUCCUCUUUCCCUUCCCUUCCCCCAGAGUAGCCGCCGGAGGAGGCAGGCAGGCAGGCAGGCAGGCAGGCGCGGUGCUCCUGUUGUGCUCCUGGGUUGUCUCCUCGGCCCAGCCGCGCCGCAGCUGCCGAAGGAAGAAUCUCCCCCUCCUCUUCAGCAGCAGCAGCAGCAGCAGCAGCCAUGAGCGGCGGGGAGGUAGUCUGUUCGGGCUGGCUCCGAAAGUCACCGCCGGAGAAGAAGUUGAAACGCUACGCAUGGAAGAGGAGAUGGUUUGUACUCCGCAGCGGUCGACUGACAGGGGAUCCAGAUGUCCUGGAAUACUACAAAAAUGACCAUGCCAAGAAACCAAUUCGUAUCAUUGACUUGAACUUGUGUCAACAAGUGGAUGCUGGAUUGACAUUUAACAAAAAAGAAUUUGAAAACAGCUAUAUUUUUGACAUCAACACAAUAGAUAGAGUCUUCUACUUAGUCGCCGACAGUGAAGAGGAGAUGAAUAAGUGGGUUCGAUGUAUUUGUGACAUCUGUGGGUUCAAUCCUACUGAAGAUGAUACUGUGAAGCCACCGCCUGCCGAAUUACCCUCAGCUGUCAACACGUCUCUCCCAACUGUACACGCCGAACCAUCCCUACCUCCUCCGUAUCAGCUAAUUAACAUCCCACCAUUAGAGUCUGCCUCUAGUCAAGAAGAUCCACAAGACUACCUGUUACUAGUCAACUGUCAGAGCAAGAAACCUGAACCAGCAAGUUCUUACAUUAUCUCAGAAGAAGGGGAGGAGUAUUUACUGCUGGAGGAUUUUGAAAGUAAAAAGGUUCCAUUGCAGUCACAGGCUGAUGCAGCAAAAACAGCCUCUUCUGAAACAGACUGCAAUGAUAAUGUGCCUUCCCAUAAAACUUCUGUGCAAUCGCUGAACAAGCAUGCGGUGAAUGGAUUUUUUCAACAGCAAAGCUUGUAUGACUCUCCCCCACCAAGGGCUGCCUCAAUGUCAGUAGAUGGUAGCCUUUAUAAUCUGCCAAGGAGUUAUUCGCAAGAUGUUUUACCGAAGGCGUCUCCUUCUGGGAUUGAUGUAGAUGGAGAGCAACAUGUUUUCAGUGCCCCAUCUGCAACAUCUCUGGAUGCACAGAUGAGGCAUUUCUCAAUUAGUUACGACAUUCCCCCAACACCUGGAAGUACAUAUCAGAUUCCGCGAACUUUUCCAGAAGGAUCAUUGGCUCAAAAUUCGAAACUAGAGACAAUCCCAGAUGUUCCUCCACCUCGGCCACCAAAACCUCAUCAUCCUUCAGACCGCUCCCCCGUGGAGGUCUGUAGUAUCUCUCGUACUGCCUCAGACACUGAUAGUAGCUACUGCAUCCCUACGGGGGGCAUGCCCCCAUCACGCAGCAACACAAUUUCCACCAUGGAUUUGAAUAUAUUUCGUAAAGAUAUUGGUUCUCAAGACUGCUAUUUUGUUCCACGAACGUUUCCGAAUGACAGAUCAAGCUCACUGGAAGGCUUUCAUAACCACUUCAAAAACAAAAGCCUAUUGACUGUGGGAAGUGUUUCAAGUGAAGAAUUGGAUGAAAAUUAUGUCCCCAUGAACCCAAACUCUCCCCCACGGCAACAUUCUAGCAGUUUUACUGAACCUAUCCAAGAAAUGAACUAUGUUCCUAUGACUCCUAGUACCUUUGACUUUUCACUGUUUGGAAUGCAAGUGCCUCCACCAGCACACAUGGGCUUUAGGUCUAGUCCAAAGACUCCUCCCAGAAGGCCAGUCCCUGUUGCAGAAUGUGAACCACCGCCUGUAGAUAGGAACCUUAAGCCAGACAGGAAAGGUCAGAGCCCUAAAAUUUUAAGACCUAAGCCACAUGGUUUAGAGCGAACAGAUUCACAAACCAUAGGUGACUUUACUACAAGAAGAAAGGUAAAACCAGCACCACUAGAAAUAAAACCUUUACCCGAAUGGGAAGAACUGCCAGCUCCAGUUAGAUCUCCCAUCACCAGAAGUUUUACACGAGAUUCCUCCAGGUUUCCUUUGUCUCCCCGACCAGAUUCAGUUCAUAGCACAACUUCAAGCAGUGAUUCUCAUGACAGUGAAGAGAAUUAUGUACCCAUGAAUCCAAAUCAGUCCAGUGAUGAUCCAGGUUUGUUUGGCAGCAGCAGUCUUGAUGGAGGAAGCAGCCCGAUGGUAAAACCUAAAGGUGAUAAACAAGUGGAGUAUUUGGAUCUGGAUUUAGAUUCUGGGAAAACUACCCCACCUCGCAAGAAAAAGAGCAGUGGUUCAGGUAGCAGUGUGGCUGAUGAACGAGUUGAUUAUGUUGUGGUUGACCAACAAAAAACACUAGCACUGAAGAGUACAAGGGAAGCUUGGACUGAUGGGAGGCAAUCUACAGAAUCUGAAACACCAACAAAAAGUGUAAAAUGAAAAAAAGAAUCCACUCCUCAUCUUGUUCAAAUGUUUAUAAAAAGAGCUGCAGUUAUGCCAUUAAUUGGCUGAAGAGUACUGGACAAUUCUUCAAUGAUUCCUCCCCUCCACCUCCUUCAAAUAUAUACAAAUCAAAAUGAUGUCAACAUGAGAUAACAGUAAUCUGUGGGUGAUUCAUACCAUGUAAGAUAAUUUGUAAAAUAAUAUUGCUUAGGUUCCAGAAAACAUUUUGGCCUGAAGUUGAUACAUCUUUAGUAUUACAAUGUUUUAUGCACUUUUUUCCUGUUAAAAUGUUGGUUCAGCUUUCCUCAGCUAAUGUAGUUUUUUAACACCUUCCUCUCCCCUUGACCCCCAACACUACUAUAUAACAUUCUAGGAAGUAAGCUACUUGUAUGAUAUUAAAAUUAAGAUCUGAAGUGCAUUUUACUAGCUCAAAAAUGAAUUAGCAAGGAAUAGUUUCACAACAUUAAUCUACUUGAAAUGUCAAGAGAUGAUUUGUUAGAUACUUAUGUUUUAUAUUUAAUACAUGCAAAAGAAUAUUUGGAAGUCUUCAGGUUACUUUCAUAACAUAAAUGGCUGUGAGUUAGUAAUAAUAGACAUUAUUGGUUUUAGGAUCUACCCUUCUGUCUUAUGCAAUAGCACACUAAUAGAGGAGGCUCCUAUUGUAUUUUCAUUGAUAAUUGUGUUUCUUGUUCAGUAAGUGAAGAUUCUGCAGGGAGGGAUCUUUGCACUGAAGAAUGAAACACCAUGUAAUCCUGCAUACCACUGUUGGCAUGCAGUAAUGAGUGAUCUUACACUUUACUUGCAAACUGUAACUUUUACAUUAUUUACAGAAGGUAGAAUCUUUAACAUCAGGUACGUACCCUAGCACUGUGGUGCUGACACACUUAUCAGGUUUAAACAAUGAGUUUUUAGUUUUCUACUGCUACCAAACUUUAGUAUUGGUUUUUAGUAUGAAAAUUAAUAAGACAGUUUGACAGUCACUGUUUGUAGUACUAGAAGAUACUGUGAUUUUUUUUUUAAAAAAAAUUAGAUUGCAAUUCAGAUGGAAAUACUAUGUCUUGAUGCCAUAGUGCUCUUUUAAUGAUUCUUGUUACGCCUAGUUUCCUGCCUGGCCUUAUAUUUAAAUUCCUAUGCAACUGAUAUCUUUUAACAUCUUGGUUUUUAAAAAAAGAAAGAAAAGAAAAGAUGCUAAAUCAAAGUGACCCUGGUUUUUUUUAAGUCCUUCUUCCAGGUACAGAAUUCAUAUUGAGUACUUUGAUUUAUUGAUUCAGUAUCUCUACUCCAAAUAGAAGCUUCCCCUAAAUUAAAAACGAUUUUAGUAGGAAGGGAAAAAAUGUAGUUUUCUUUAAAGUACACCUUAAUAAAUGCAUUAAUCAUGUAACAAUGGCAAAAUCUACUAAUUCAUUCUUACAUGGUUACAUUAAAGUAAACUUGCUUAUUCUCCAUACUUCCUAAAUAUUGAAUGAAUUUAGAAAUGCUGGCCUUAAUAUUGCACCUAAUUUACCAUUUCCCCACUCCUUCCCAUCUCAACAGUAUGUAAAUUGUCUUUAUUCCUAACAAGGUUUCUUUUUAAAUUAGAAAUAUUUUGAUGUUUUGAAUGUUUUUUUUUUAAAAAAAACUAAACACUUUGCAUUUUGAGAAGAAUUUUAAAUAAAUUCAAGUUGUUCUGUU